AUGUUUAUCAGUCUGAUUUUGACCUUGUUUUUUGCGUCCUGCUUUGUUUCUGCGUUGCCUGAAUCGGAGGAUGUUUUGCUUGAUGCUGGAUUUGAUAAGUUCAUACUGCAGCUGUGCGACACUCUGCACAUACCUGGUAUCAGUGUGGCUGUGGUCCAUAAGCACUCUGUUGGGUCCAAGGGCUAUGGCUACGCAGUACUUCCUGACAUCAAAGCCACACCAGACACUCUGUGGUUCACAGGCAGCACAACCAAAGCAUUUACGGCCGCUGCUGCUGCACUUAUGGUCCAGGACACCAUAGAGUAUCCUGAAAUCAGUUGGUCUAGCUCACUGUCGACACUACUGCCUGGAAAUUUCGCUCUCGAAGAUGACUACUACACGUCCCACAUAACUCUCGAGGACGCACUCUCCCAUCGAUCAGGACUACCUAGACAUGAUUUGGCAUACGGCUGGAGCGAAGGCAGAGAACCUGAUGCCCUUGACGUUAUCCGCACUAUGAGACACCUCCCUCUGACUGCAGAACCUAGAACCAAGUGGCAGUAUUGCAAUCUGAUGUACGGCACAGUUGGACAAGUGCUGGCGACGUUGAGUGGCAUGAAUUUCGGUGAUGUGCUGAAGAAGCUUAUCUGGGAGCCUAUUGGCAUGAAAUCUACUACUACUUCGACGAAGGAAGCUAUGGCUGCUAGAGACGACAAUGGAGAAAAGCGACUCUCCAGAGGCUAUUUUUGGAACACCGAUCAUUACCUACCAGAGCCAUAUACCAACCUUGGCCCUCUGGCUGGCGCUGGCGCUACCAUCUCCUCAGUCAAUGACUAUGCUUUGUGGAUACAAACUUUGCUAAACGCUGGCACAAAUGACUCCUCCCCAAUCAACGAAGCAAUCUAUAGAGAUCUAUUCGGGCCAAGGACUAUCAUGGAUGGUCUCUUCGACAAGGUCCAGGUUCUCCCACCUCUGUAUGCAUUGGGUUGGAUCAAUGUUAUGGCCGGCCCUCACGACGUUAUCACCCACUCCGGGUCUGUGACCGGCUUUGGUGCGAAUGUCUACAUUCUUCCUGGAGAAGAGGUUGGCUUGGUGACUAUGGCAAAUACGAUGGGUAGUAGUAAUCAGGCUGGAGCGUUGAUCUUCAUCGAAUUUAUGAAGAGGUUG